ACCAGAUCUCAGCCAGAGAUGCAGUCUGUUUGGAUAUUCCACUGGUCCUUAGGCUCCUCGCUUGCAUCCUAGGCUCUGAAACUGCGCAGGACUGGGCCCCAAUCCCAGUCUCCCAGGAAGUUCCUUUCUCUGGUUAAACCCUCAUCACUCAGGUGUGAGACAGUGAUGGAGGCGAUGAGGGCCACUGCCCAGCAGGAUUUCUCAUCCUUUUUUCCAAUUUGAGUAAAGGAAACUAAGGUUCUUGGGGACACUCACUACCUUGUGAUUUUGAUCAAAUCACUUUCUCUCUCCAAACCUCAUAUUCUUCAUCUGUAAGGAGACAAUAACACCUACCCUGUAGGGCUGUCAUGAGGAUUAAGUAAAGGUGCCCAGUCAUAGUUAGUGUGCAACACAAAGACUCAUAGUUCAUUCAGACACUUUUUUUAUUUGGCAAAUAUUAUUGAGCACCUACUAAUCCUGGGCACUGUUCUAGGUGUUGGGGAUAGAGCAGGGGCAAAAAUUUAAUGACUGGUGGGGGGAAAGACAAUAAACAAAUAAGCAAGUAAAUAUAUGAAUCAGGUAGUGAUAAAAACAGAGAAUGACACAGGGUGGGGCCAACCAGGUAUCAGGGGAGACCUUGAUGUUAAGGAUGCCAUGUAGUUCACCCAGUGAUGGACAUUUUAAUAGGGAACAUAACCUUAUUAUUUUUCAUCAAUCUGUUUUCUUGGUUAAGUCCUGUUUCCAAGAGGUCAAGGUUCUUAUGGUUCUGUGGAAUUGCCAAGUGUUCUUGUGGAGGUGGCCAGGUCUGAGAGUUGAUGUAACCAGUGGCUCUGUGUUGCUGGCCUCAUCUGGGCUGUGACAGAUCUCAGAGUUGGGGGCACUUACCUACGAACCGUUCUCCCAAGGGCUGGCUGCAGGGCCACACAUGGUUUUUAUGUUUCACUGUGAGUGCUAGGGUGGCCAUGGUGAGCCUACUACACAGGCCCAGUCCUCAGGGCGUGCACAGGAAGAUGAACAAGAAAACCUUUCAAUUUUGUGUGAGUUGGACUCUCAGGAGACAGGAAACCCAGGGUCUGGGGCACACAGAGGAGGGCUCAAUUCUGCCUAGUUAGGGUUGGGUAGAGGGACAGGGAGCAGGGAGCUCAAGCUGGGGCUAGAUACCAGGCAGGCCACAUCAUCCAUCAUCAACUCUCAGCAACCCCAGCCCCCAAAGCCCACCUCCUUUCUAAUCGUCCCAUCCAAAGUCCCAGGACAGGCUCUGACUGGACAGACUGGGGUCAUGUGCUCAUCCUGACUCAAUCACGGUGGUCUAGAAGAUACAUUAUGUUGGUAACAGCAGGCAGGGGCUGAUGCCAGAGAAGGCAAGUCUGCUGUGUAUGGAGCCAGAAGUUGAUUAGGAGUUGGAAGUUUCUCAGACUCACCAAGCUCUGACCCUCCUUUGCGCUUUUGCACACGCAAUUCUCUCUUCUCAGAAAACUUUUCCCUCGCUCUACCAGGCUUUCCUCCAGGUCUCCGCUCAAAUAUCACCUCUUCCUAGUGGUCUCUUACUCUGCACAGGGCGCUCGCUGCCACAGACACAGCUCAUUUGCUGACUGCCUAGUAGAAAGUCGGUCUGGGCUCCCACUGCUAGGGCAGGGCCUGCGGGCCGGGACGCCUCGAGGAGCCCAGGCCCCCCAGGAGGCGCUCAAGAAACGUCUCCGAGGAAAGGGAUGCCACUCAAACACACGCACGCCCAUCCACACACAGACCACACCCGCCCCCCGCCCGCUUUAAGGCCACAGGUUGAGGUAUGCGUGGAUCCCACCCACCUACAAACCCACCUGGCCGGAACUCACGGACACACCCCAGCCAUAGACCACUCGGAUCAUGGUGCACAGGCUCAAACACGCGUGCGCCCACACACGCUCGGCCACACGCAGGCCCUGUUCUCGGCUACAAACAGGGCACGCGCAAGCGCGCGAACAAGGCGAUCAACUCAGUCUUGGGCCCACCCGAAACCAGGCGCCCACUACGCGCACGCGCGGCCCCGAGUCCCCGCCCCCUCCGGGUCUCGCCCGUCAGGGGCGGGGCGCUCUGGGGGCGGGUCUGCGGCACCGCCCGGGAAGCUGCGCGAGGCUGGGCGGCCGCCACCACAUCCUCCUACUUCUUUUCCUUCUACGAGUCCAAGCGAGCCGAGCCGGGCCGGGGCCAAGCCGAGGGCUCCGACGGCGCGGGCGGAGCGGGGCACAGAGUCAUGGCGCACCAGACCGGCAUCCACGCUACCGAGGAGCUGAAGGAGUUCUUUGCCAAGGCGCGGGCUGGUUCUGUGCGGCUCAUCAAAGUCGUCAUUGAGGACGAGCAGCUCGUGCUGGGUGCCUCGAGGGAGCUGGUGGGCUGCUGGGACCAGGACUAUGAUGGGGCCGUGCUGCCGCUGCUGGAUGCCCAGCAGCCUUGCUACCUGCUCUACCGCUUGGACACGCAGAACGCCCAGGGCUUCGAGUGGCUCUUCCUCGCCUGGUCACCUGAUAAUUCCCCUGUGCGGCUGAAGAUGCUGUAUGCAGCCACACGGGCCACAGUGAAGAAGGAGUUUGGGGGCGGCCACAUCAAGGAUGAGCUCUUCGGGACUGUGAAGGAUGACCUCUCCUUUGCUGGGUACCAGAAGCACCUGUCAUCCUGUGCGGCACCCGCCCCGCUGACCUCGGCCGAGAGAGAACUUCAGCAGAUCCGUAUUAACGAGGUGAAGACAGAGAUCAGUGUGGAGAGCAAACACCAGACCCUGCAGGGCCUGGCCUUCCCUCUGCAGCCUCAGGCCCAGCGGGCACUUCAGCAGCUCAGACAGAAGACAGUCAACUACAUCCAGCUGAAGCUGGACCUGGAGCGGGAGACCAUCGAACUGGUGCACACAGAGCCAACAGACGUGGCGCAGCUGCCAUCACGGGUGCCCCGAGAUGCCGCCCGCUACCACUUCUUCCUCUACAAGCACACCCAUGAGGGUGACCCCCUGGAGUCUGUGGUGUUCAUCUACUCGAUGCCCGGCUACAAGUGCAGCAUCAAGGAGCGCAUGCUCUACUCCAGCUGCAAGAGCCGCCUCCUCGAUUCCGUGGAGCAGGACUUCCAGCUGGAGAUCGCCAAGAAGGGCCCCUGCCGUGCCCGGCACCCUCUUUCUCUCCUGGUGCAGGCGGUGGCACUGGCUGCAGCCCUGGCCCAGGGCACCCUGCCUGCUUUCCUGCCCUGUGAACUCCAGCCCCAUGGCCUGGUGAACUGCAACUGGUUGUUCCUGAAGUCCGUGCCACACUUCUCGGCCGCAGCACCCCGGGCCAAUGUCACCAGCCUCUCUUUGCUCUCCAACCGCAUCCACCACCUGCAUGACUCCGACUUCGCCCACCUGUCCAGCCUGCGGAUCCUCAACCUCAAGUGGAACUGCCCGCCGACCGGCCUCAGCCCCAUGCACUUCCCCUGCCACAUGACCAUCGAGCCCAACACCUUCCUGGCCGUGCCCACCCUCGAGGAGCUGCACCUGAGCUACAACGGCAUCACGACCGUGCCCGCCCUGCCCAGGUCCCUCGUGUCCCUGUCGCUGAGCCACACUAACAUCCUGGUGCUAGACCCCACCCACUUCGCCGGCCUACACGCCCUGCGCUUUCUGUACAUGGACGGCAACUGCUACUACAAGAACCCCUGCCACCGGACACUGGAGGUGGCCCCGGGCGCCCUCCUUGGCCUGGGCAACCUCACGCACCUGUCGCUCAAGUACAACAACCUCACGGAGGUGCCCCGCCUUCUGCCCCCCAGCCUGGAGACCCUGCUGUUGUCCUAUAACCACAUUGUCACCCUGGCGCCCGAGGACCUGGCCAAUCUGACCGCCCUGCGCGUGCUCGACGUGGGUGGGAACUGCCGCCGCUGUGACCAUGCCCGCAACCCCUGCAUGGAGUGUCCGAAGCACUUCCCCAAGCUGCACCCUGACACCUUCAGCCACCUGAGCCGCCUCGAAGGCCUGGUGUUGAAGGACAGUUCUCUCUACAGACUGGACAACAGAUGGUUCCGUGGCCUGGGCAGGCUCCAAGUGCUAGACCUGAGUGAGAACUUCCUCUAUGAUUGCAUCACCAAGACCACGGCCUUCCGGGGCCUGGCCCGGCUGCGCAGCCUCAACCUGUCCUUCAAUUACCACAAGAAGGUGUCCUUCGCCCACCUGCACCUGGCGCCCUCCUUCAGGGACCUGCUCUCCCUGAAGGAGCUAGACAUGCACGGCAUCUUCUUCCGCUCACUCAGCGAGACCACGCUUCAGCCGCUGACACACCUGCCCAUGCUACAGAUUCUGCGUCUGCAGAUGAACUUCAUCAACCAGGCCCAGCUCAGCAUCUUCGGGGCCUUCCCGGGCCUGCUCUACGUGGACCUGUCGGACAACCGCAUCAGUGGAGCUGCAAGGCCGGCAGCCACCUUGGGGGAGGCGGACAGUGGGCCGAAGAUCUGGCUGCCGUCCAGGGACCUCGCUCCAGGCCCACUGGACACCCUCAGCUUGGAGGACUUCAUGCUAAGCUGCAAGAACUCCAGCUUCACCUUGGACCUAUCACGGAACAACCUGGUGACGAUCCAGCCAGAGAUGUUUGCCCGCCUCUCGCGCCUCCAGUGCCUGCGCCUGAGCCACAACAGCAUCUCGCAGGCGGUCAAUGGCUCCCAGUUCGUGCCGCUGACCAGCCUGCGGGUGCUGGACCUGUCCCACAACAAGCUGGACCUGUACCAUGGGAGCUCGUUCACGGAGCUGCCGCGACUGGAGGCACUGGACCUCAGCUACAACAGCCAGCCUUUCAGCAUGCAGGGCGUGGGCCACAAUCUCAGCUUCGUGGCCCAGCUGCGCUCCCUGCGCUACCUCAGCCUGGCGCACAACGACAUCCGUAGCCGUGUGUCCCAGCAGCUCUGCAGCGCCUCGCUGCAGGCCCUGGAUUUCAGUGGCAAUGCCCUGAGCCAGAUGUGGGCUGAGGGAGACCUCUAUCUCCGCUUCUUCCAAGGCCUGAGAAGCCUGGUCCUGCUGGACCUGUCCCAGAACCGCCUGCAUACCCUCCUGCCAUGCACCCUGGACAACCUCCCCAAGAGCCUGAAGCUGCUGCAUCUCCGUGACAAUAACCUGGGCUUCUUCAACUGGAGCAGCCUGGACCUCCUGCCCCAGCUGGAAACACUGGACCUGGCGGGAAACCAGCUGAAGGCCCUGAGCAAUGGCAGCCUGCCGUCUGGUACCCGGAUCCGGAAGUUGGACCUCAGCGGCAACAGCAUCGGCUUCGUGACCCCUGGCUUCUUUGUGCUCGCCAAGCGGCUGGAAGAGCUCAACCUCAGUGCCAACGCCCUCAAGACGGUGGAGCCCUCCUGGUUUGGCUCCGUAGCGGGCACCCUGAAAAUCCUAGACGUGAGCACCAACCCGUUGCACUGCGCCUGUGGGGCGGCCUUCGUGGACUUCCUGCUGGAGGUGCAGGCUGCCGUGCCCGGGCUGCCCAGCCGAGUCAAGUGUGGCAGUCCGCGCCAGCUCCAGGGCCGCAGCAUCUUCGCACAGGACCUGCGCCUCUGCCUGGACGAGGCCCUCUCCUGGGACUGUUUUGGCCUCUCCCUGAUGGUGGUGGCCCUGGGCCUGGCUGUGCCCAUGCUGCACCACCUCUGCGGCUGGGACCUCUGGUACUGCUUCCACCUGUGCCUGGCCUGGCUGCCCCGGUGGGGGCAGCGGCGGGGCGCAGACGCCCUGUUCUACGAUGCCUUCGUGGUCUUCGACAAGGCACAGAGCGCAGUGGCCGACUGGGUGUACAACGAGCUGCGGGUGCAGCUGGAGGAGCGCCGUGGGCGCCGGGCACUCCGCCUGUGCCUGGAGGAGCGUGACUGGCUACCUGGCAAGACGCUCUUUGAGAACCUGUGGGCCUCGGUCUACAGCAGCCGCAAGACCCUGUUUGUGCUGGCCCACACGGACCGGGUCAGCGGCCUCUUGCGUGCCAGCUUCCUGCUGGCCCAGCAGCGCCUGCUGGAGGACCGCAAGGACGUCGUGGUGCUGGUGAUCCUGCGCCCCGAAGCCUACCGCUCCCGCUACGUGCGGCUGCGCCAGCGCCUGUGCCGCCAGAGCGUCCUCCUCUGGCCCCACCAGCCCAGUGGCCAGGGCAGCUUCUGGGCCCAGCUGGGCACAGCCCUGACCAGGGACAACCGCCAUUUCUACAACCGGAACUUCUGCCGGGGCCCCACGACAGCCGAAUAGCACAGAGCAACAGCCAGCGUGCCUCAUCGCCCCACCUCUACUUGCCCCUCCGCCCGGGAUGCCCCAACCUGCCUUGCUCUGUGAGACCACUGCUCUGCCUCCCCCUCCCCCCAGCCCCCUGGCAUAUAGCAGGCACUUAAUAAAUGCUACCGGAGGGCCAACCCCUAACCCUGAGCUCACUGGAGGUGUGAGUGGGAGGAAAAGGGGAGAAUUC